AUGGCACCUCGUAACAAAUUAUAUACGUACAGGGUAAGGAGCCCUAGGGACAAUAUUGAAACUUCGGGAUGGCUGACAGCUCAAUCGCUCAGUAGNGGCGGUCCGAGAUCAAUCGGUAUUCUUGCUGUGGCUCAUGCCAUUGGUUUUGAUAUUGAGGUGGUUGAGACGAAUCCACAAGAUGGACUUUCCGAAGAAUACCUGAAAUUGAAUCGACUGGGCAAGACGCCCACUUUUGUGAGCUCUGAUGGCACUGUCUUGACAGAGUGUAUGGCGAUUGCGCUGCACGUGGCAAGUCAGGAUACCGAAUCAAGAAUGCUCGGCUCUGGACACAUGGAUUUCAUCAAUAUUGUCAAUUGGAUGUCACUUUGUAACAGCGAUGUAGUCAAAAGAAUGGCAGCCUGGAUCUUGCCAUUGCUAGGUGUGGCACCUUAUGCUCCGGAAGGCGUCGAGAUGGCGAAAAAGCAAGCCGCUCAAGCUAUACAGAUUGUUGAGGAUCAUCUACGGGAUAAGAGAUACCUAGUGGCGGAUGGCUUGACCUUAGCCGAUCUCUUCUGCGCUGGACUGGUCAGUUUCGGCUUCGCAAAAGUCUUCGAUCGAGUCUGGAGAGCACAAUUCCCUUAUUUCACGGCUUGGUUCGAGAUGAUAACAAACUUGGAAAUGUAUCGAGCAGUGAUACCCGACACUGUCAUGGUAGAUACUGCUAUAGGACCACCGAGUGCGUCGAUGAUGGGUGACUAUGUUGCAGACGACUAG